AUGGCUAACCGCUCCGUCAGCAAUGGUCUACAGGACGACGAUAACCAAGAUCAGAUCGGUUCAAACAGUCCGAGCCCGUCCGGGAUGGCUACUCCACAGCCCGAGUUCUCGGAUAAGCGCCAGCCUUCCAUAAUGCACAAUUUCUUCCAGGUUGGUGCUUCCCAUGGCCCGCUUUACCCUCCCAAAUCACAGUUCUUUCCUUCUGAGACGGCUGCCUUCGCGCACCUGGCUCAGUCGAGCGCGUACGUCACAGGGACACGGGAUGACCAAAGCACUGGUCACCAUUCCUCGUCUUCAGGGUCUUUUGUCAUAAUGGAGCGUGACGAGGCAUCGGGGAUGAAGUCUUCAGAAGCCGAAGCAAAGGAAAUCUCACCAGAGUCUUUACCUCCCACAAAUUUGCCCACUCCCCCUUACUGCUCUGCGUCUUCCCUGCUUCAGAAAGAGUCGGAGACAGCUGAGCUAGGGUCGUCAUCCCCAGAGAAAGGGAUGGGUUCCUUUUUUAGUGCAUUGAAAAGCAUUCUGUCUCCACCUGCAAGCGUUUCUCCUGAGCCUGCAGCUCGCCGUCAUACCUCUCAUCCAGUCUCCAGUGUGUCUGACGACCCAGUCCUUGCCACCCACUUCUCAAAUCCCUCUCUCCCUCGUACCUCUGACCCGAUGUGUUUAUCGGAAGUUCCCCUCCUCGAGCAUGAGAAGCCACACCUUUCUUUGUCUUCUGAGAACCUUGCGAAGCUAACUGGGAGUGUGUCUGAUCUUGCACGUUUAAAGAAUACCCCACCGCUUACCCCACGUGCCAUGUCCAACGAAGGGUCACAAACCGAUAAGCUACCGGCUACCUCGGCGCCUGAAUCGACAGAGCCAACACAGCAGGUCGAUGAGAUGGACAAAUCUACUGAUGAAAUCGCCGGAAAACUUGAGGAAGCGUUUCCAUCUCCAGCCGAAACCCCCCAACCGUCAGGCCCGCCAGUGGCUCCGAUCAAGGGUAACUUAUAUGUGAAAAUUUCCGAAGGCCGCGGGCUUAAGCCAGGAUUUGAUCCUUAUGUUGUUUGCGUGUUCGAAUGGAAUGAAUGGAUCUCCAAGAGCGCUCAAGACGAGGAAGAAGAGUCUAUUGAGCGACGCCAGAAGGAGCAGGAGCAGUCUGAUCGUGAAGCUGGGCGGCCGAUGGCCAUCCCGAUGAAGAGCCGGCAAAGUAGCAACAAUAGCUCCCUCGAUGGUCCUGAUCUUAGGGGAAGGGCACCCGUAACCGAUCCCCAUUGGAACCAUGAAGCCACCUUCGAUGUCUUCGGCGAUCAAUCCGAGAUUGAUGUUUCAGUAUAUGAUCGCAAAAACCAAGAGGCAUUUCUAGGUCACGUGCGACUGUGCGUUAACCUCAAGGAAGACAACAGCCGGCUAGAAGGCUGGUUCCCCUUGUCUGCUCGCGGCGCAGGUGACUCUGCAGUAUCUGGCGAAAUUUACGUGGAAAUGCGUUUCGAGCAUACCGAGAAGAAACAGGUGGGGCCGGACGAUUUCCAGGUCCUGAAGCUUAUUGGUAAAGGCACAUUCGGCCAGGUUUAUCAGGUCAAGAAGAAAGACACACGCCGGAUUUAUGCCAUGAAGGUUUUGUCGAAGAAGGUGAUCAUCCAGAAGAAGGAAGUUGCACAUACUUUGGGAGAGCGGAAUAUUUUGGUUCGGACCGCUAUGGCUGCCUCUCCAUUCAUUGUCGGUCUCAAAUUCUCUUUCCAAACCCCGACCGAUCUCUACCUCGUUACGGACUACAUGUCAGGAGGUGAACUUUUCUGGCACCUUCAAAAGGAAGGGCGGUUCCAGGAGGCCCGUGCCAAAUUCUACAUUGCAGAGCUUAUCUUGGCUCUCCAGCAUCUUCACGAGCACGACAUCGUUUACCGCGACCUGAAACCGGAGAACAUCCUUCUCGACGCUAACGGUCACAUCGCACUUUGUGACUUUGGAUUAUCCAAAGCCAAUCUCGCCCAGAAUGACACCACAAACACAUUCUGCGGCACAACCGAGUAUCUAGCACCGGAGGUUCUACUUGACGAGCAAGGGUACACCAAGAUGGUUGACUUCUGGUCUCUGGGUGUGCUCGUCUUCGAGAUGUGUUGCGGUUGGAGUCCCUUCUACGCCGAAGAUACCCAGCAAAUGUAUAAGAAUAUCGCUUUCGGCAAAGUGAGAUUCCCACGAGACGCGUUAAGCACCGAGGGAAGGAACUUUGUGAAAGGCUUGCUCAACCGGAAUCCGAAGCACCGGCUAGGUGCCAAGGCCGAUGCCAAGGAACUCAAGGAACAUCCAUUUUUCCAUGAUGUGGAUUGGGAGGCGUUGUCCAAGAAACAGGUCAUCCCCCCGUUCAAACCGAAACUCAAGUCUGAUACGGAUACUUCCAACUUCGAUCCCGAGUUCACGAAUGCGAACGCUACGUUGAACGACCGUGCGGCAGCAGUAGCGAAUAGUUACAUGCCAGCAUCGACCCCGCUGUCCCCGGGUUUGCAAGCUAACUUCAAAGGCUUCACUUUUGUUAACGAGAGCUCGAUUGACCACCAUCUGAAGCAUGAGCCCACAGACCAUAUGGACGAGGACCCUGAUACGUGGCAGCGACCUCACCGCCCCGGGGGCUUUGACGAUCACCGUAUGACUGGUGUUCACAAGACCCAUGAAGGCGGAGAGCCUGGAAUCUUCAAUGUUGAUGACAAUUUCGAUAUGUGA